AUGUCCCAGAAAAGACAAGUGGAUCCUUUGCAUUCUUUCCUCGCGGGCGCUCUCGCUGGGGCGGCAGAAGCAUCUAUAACAUAUCCAUUUGAAUUUGCAAAGACUAGACUUCAGCUGGUCGACAAGUCGUCGACAGCGUCUAGAAAUCCGCUCACUCUGAUUUACAGGACAGCCAAGUCGCAAGGUGUGGGCGCUCUCUAUGUGGGGUGUCCAGCGUUCAUCGUUGGAAAUACUGCGAAAGCCGGUGUGAGGUUUCUCGGCUUUGACGCCAUCAAAAAUGUCCUCAGAGAUCCACAGACAGGUGAGCUGAGUGGCCCAAGAGGUAUUGUGGCUGGAUUAGGAGCAGGUCUGCUCGAAAGUGUAGUUGCAGUCACCCCAUUUGAAGCCAUCAAAACCGCUUUAAUAGAUGAUAAACAGAGCGCCAACCCCAAAUAUCACAAUAACGGCCGCGGAAUGCUUCGCAACUACUCCAAUUUAGUGUACGAUCAAGGUUUUUCUGGUUUAUAUCGAGGCGUUCUUCCUGUGUCUAUGAGGCAAGCUGCCAACCAAGCCGUGAGGUUGGGCUGCUACAACAAAAUCAAAACCAUGAUACAAGAAUACACCAACGCACCUAAGGACAAGCCUCUGUCAUCUGGUCUCACUUUCGUGGUCGGUGCCUUCAGCGGCAUUGUGACCGUUUACACUACCAUGCCAAUUGACACCGUAAAAACAAGAAUGCAAAGUUUGAACUCCUCCAAGUACUCAUCAACCUUGAACUGCUUUUCUACUGUCUUUAGAGAAGAAGGACUCAAAACUUUCUGGAAAGGUGCCACCCCGCGACUUGGUAGGCUGAUACUAAGUGGUGGUAUCGUGUUUACUAUUUACGAAAAGGUACUUAUAAUUUUGGGCGCUUAG